GUCCUCGCCUCCAUUUCCUUUUGACUGUUAGCUCUGCCCUUUUCCCUGUCGUCCCUUUUCCUAUCUUAAUGAAAAUUCCUGAUCAUCCACUGCUCCAUGGGCCAUGGACAACCUUACUGAGAACUCGCCCGAGACCGAAAUCAUCGUCCCCGAUUCACCCAACACCACUUCUACAUCACAGCUUUCCGUUCAUGAUGUUCAUCUCGCCGAGAUCCACUCGAAGGCCCCGGCGACGGAGGAAACACUAAUUCUGCUCCAGCGCCAAAGAGUCUCGGUCUCCGAUUUCACCACUUUUAUCGAUGAAAUCUCGAGGGAAAUUCGCGGUGAAGUCGAUGAAUUCGAAGUAUCUUUGAAGGAAAAGGAGGACGAAUUCGCUAAAAAGUCCGAAGAGAAAUUGAAAAAAACAGAGAAACUCGAGAGCCAGGUGGAAGUUUCCAGAGAAAUAAUCCAGAAAUUGGAAACCGAAAUGGAAGACCGAAAGGAUUUUUUUUUGGAUUUUCUCAGGAAAUCAAAGGCUAGCUUAAAGAGGAUAAUCGAGAGCGUGGACGAAGAAGAAGAAGAAAAGGUGGAGAUAGUGAGCGUUGAACCGGCGAGUGUAGCACGCGUAGGCAUAGAAGAAGAAGAAAUAAUGGAAACAAGGAGGGUAGCUUUGGAGGCGGAGGAGAAGGUGGCGAAGUACAAGGAGAAGUGGAAGAAGGAGAAGAGGGAGUUAGAGAAGAGUGUGGUGAGUUUGACAGAGGAGAACAGAGACAUCAACAGUUUGCUUAGGGUAGCGCUGGUGGAGAAGGAGGCUGUGGAGAAGAGUUUGAGUAAGUUGAAGGGGAUUAACAAUAAUGAGCAGAAAAGGGUAGCCCUUUUGCAGAUUGCAGAGCGGGGAUUGCAGAGAGUUGGGUUUGGCUUCAUGAUGGGAGCUGGGACCACCACAACCAGUAGUAGUGAUCAACAACCUCAGACUAGUUCAGAUACUAGCGAGUGUGAAGAGGAAGAGAUCAACGAUAGUUUGGCUUCAACUGUGGAGAGGAUAAUGAAGAAUUUGCGGCAGGAAAUCACUCAGUUAAGGAGAUCUUUGGAAGAAUCUAGGUCAGACACCGAGCGCCUACAGAGUCUUACAGAAAAACAAGCUCAACAAAUUGCUGAAAAUACUCUGUACAUCAAAGAGUUAGAAGAUAGAGAGAGGGUGUUAGCUCAAAAUAUUGAAGAACUAUUGGUUGAAAUAAAAGAAAUCAACGCCGAGGUUGCUAGGUGGAGGGAAGCGUGUGAGUUGGAAGUGGAAGCUGGGAAAAAUGAAAUUAUAGAACGUAACAAAGUGCUUGUAGUCUUUCAUGCAUUUAACUUGGAAAUGCAAGCAGCUCCCUUUAUAUUACAGAUGGCCAAAGUACAUUAGUCUAUGAACUCAAAUGCUCCCAAAUUCCCAAUUCCUAUGAGAGCUCUGACUAAUGCACAAAGGUACAAUGUUAGCCACAUCACCAACCUUAAGUUGAAAUAACAUCCUUGGCUAGGGAAUGCUUCAAUUUUGACUUUGCAAUCCAAAUAUAAGUUCUAAGGGGACUAUAAAAUGGCAUGCUGCAUGCUCAAGCUUCAAGACAACCAUUGUUCCAAUAUUUUUUAUUUUGUAGAAUAGACCCUGCCUCCCAAAAACAAUUGGGGAGAAGGUACUUGACAUGCCUAUGCAUUUGCAUGGCUCAGAUUUUAUUGGGUGCUCUAUAACAAAUAGAUGUGAUGUGGGGAAUAUGUAAAUUGUAUACAAAACAGGGGAUAAAGAUUUUAAUUUGUUGUAUGAUAUCAAUUGGAGUGGUAUGUAUAAAUGCAGGCGUGGAUAUUCCCAUUUCUUUUAACUUUUGGCCUCAUCAUUUAUGUAGAAGAAAGUAAAAGCAUCAAAAUAAUAUUAAAGCAGUCGAAUGGAAUAAUGAAGUUUUAAUAAAUACAGAAUAUUUGGCAGAUGAGCUGAAUGCUUUGGAUUGGAUUUUUGUUGUUUGUAUUCACUGAUUAUGAAUUGUAUAAAGCUUCAAUUAGGAGGGUGUUGCUUAUCCACGUCUGAUCUAACAAAAGUUGAAUGGUUGAUACUUAUUUCAUACCGUGGUUGAAAAUGCUAUGCUGAAAUCCUAUGGUUUUGCUCCAUAGGGUGUUUAUAUGGUAGGAAAAAGUUUUCUCUCCAUACACUCUCGCACUGAGGAUGAGUCUUGGUGUUUAACAACGAGAUCAUCAUGGUGUACUCAAGACAGAUUCUUAUAGAAUCUAAGGUUUUCGUAUUGUCUGAGGAAGGUAGACGAUGGAUUUGCUUAACAGAGAGAAGUUGGAAGGUUACAAAAGCACUGAUCUUGGAGAUGCUCACGGUGAACUAGUUUAUUGGAGCCCUUGAGGAUUACUCGACUGGAGAUAAAAAGGAAUUCUUUGCAACCUCAUGGGAUGGUAAUAGAAGCUACAUUGCGCAAAGAUGUUCCAAUGCUCAAGGUCGAUAUAUGGCACUGGUGGAAUAUGGCGGUGGUGGCAGAAGGAAUUUUGUCUUCAUACCUGAAGCAAUGGAGGGGAAAGGGUGGAAAAAUUGGCGGAAGCAAUGAAGGAAGCUUACAGUAGCUUGGAUAAGGAGAGAGAGGCUGGUUUCUUAAGGUCUCAAUAUCCAACACAGAAAAUGCUGAUGAACACUAUGACUAAGUCCUACGCAGAGGUGGUCCGGUCAUCGGGGCUUACUGCUGGCAGUGAUGAAACAGAAACAAGUGCUCAAGGAGAAGCAGCAGCUGCAGUACCAGGGAUGAAGAGCAAUUAUGGAAUUUUGAAGGCAAAGAAGGCAGCCGUUGUGGAUGUAGGACAGAGACAUUCAUAACCUGAGCAAGUCUGCAGAAAUAACAUUGAAAUGGUAAAAGGCCCCCUAACCAAGAAAGGACGCACAAAAGGGUCUGAAGAUCUUCCUCUUGUUAAACAAGAUCUGCUAUAAUUGAGGAGUCUGGUCAAUGUAAUGAUACAGUGGGUGGAUAAGGCCAUGGAUAGGGGCCUGGGCCUAGGCUUGAGCCCGCCACACUUAAGCUUCGGCCAAAGUGGGCCGAGACAAAGAAGAUUUACUUGGGCCUAGAAAGGUAAGGCACCAGCCCAGCCCAAACGCUGGUUGGUUAAGCAACCCAGCCCUCCUGUAAUGGGCCCAGUGCUCAUUAUUGGCAGACACGCUGACAACCUCCAAUCACCAGCCGGCGACCACAAAAAUCAUUGCCGGAAGCAGGUGACAUGGUGGGAGGAACUUUUGACAAUGGGCUACCAGAGUUGCCGCUGGAGUUGACGUUGCCGACGGCGUUAGAAGACAAGACAACUCAUUUCCGGCGUGUAAGUGGCUCUCGGUUAGAGGAAGAGUGGCAGAACGAGGUGGUGACCUUCUCUGUCAUAGAGGGAAGUCCCACUUCUGCCUUGGUUGCACUAAAACCUCAAAGGGUCACUGAGAUGCUGAUGGAGGACAACAUUGAGACAUUGGGAGUUCAGGAUACCCAAACCAAGGCUGGCACUUUGGUAAUAUUCACACAAUAACAAGGAGGUGGUGGUAGCAGAUGGGAUGAAUAUUGAACACAAUAACAAGGAUUGAGAUGAGCCUACCCGUUUGAGUUCAAUCAUUCCGCUGAAACACCAGACUUUAGCUUCAGAUUGGGUUUUACUUGAAGCUGAGGAGAGUCAAAUGUAUGUAGGACUCCCAUGCAUUGGCUUUGAAGAUAAGUUUUUGGCUCUACUUGCUGCAAUUGAAGCUGGACAGUCUAAUUCGGACAUGAAAUGCCACUCAAACAAGAAGAGGGCAAGGGAAUUGAAGUGACUUGUUCGGUGAAUUACGAAGGGAGUGCAAGUUGUGGAGGGACAAAGGGUAGGCCAAAACCAGAGGUUUUAUGAAGCUCAAAAUAGUCUCAUGGAAUGUAAGGGGGUUGAACGAGAUAGAGAAGCGUACCAAAGUCAAAAAUCAGCUUCAUGGCUGGAAAGCGAAUGUGGUAUGUUUACAAAAGACAAAAAUGGAACUCAUCUCCCUUACCAUAAUAUAGAGUUUGUGGAAUUGUUGUCAUGUAGGGUGGUCAUUUUUUCCGUUGAAGGGGGCUUCUGGAGGUAUUUUGGUAAUGUGGGAUAAAAUGGUGGUGGAACAGACGGAUGAGUGUGUGGGGAGAUAUAUGGUGGCUACUUCUUUCAAGAAUGUCGAAGAUGGUUAUCAAUGGUCUUUUGCCGGUGUUUAUGGUGCUAAUUCUAAUACCAAGAGAAGAGGCUUGUGGGAUGAAUUGGUUGGACUUUGUAGCCUAUGGAGCUUUCCUUGGUGUAUGUGGGAGGUUUUAAUGUCAGGUUUUAAUGUCACACGCUUCCCAAGUGAACGAGUAGGAGGUCCCCUAGCUCUAGUUUAGCAAUGGCAGAUUUUUUUCCAACUUUAUCUAUGAGCAAGGCCUUCUAGACAUCCCUCUAGUUGGUAAUUUCACAUGGCCCAGCAAUAGAGAAUAUCCAGCUCGGUCAAGACUUGAUAAGAUUCCUCAUUUUGCCUGGGUGGGAAGCACACUUUUCGGAGCUAAUCCAGAAACGACUCCCAAGGUUGUGUUCGGAUCACUUUCCCAUUUUCAUCGAUUGUGGAGGCAUUUAGGGAGGUAAAAGAUAUUUUAAGUUGAAAAAUAUGUGGCUGAAAUCAGAAGGAUUUGUUGAGAGAGUUGACAAUGGUGGUCAUUUUAUCUUAUACAAGUCAACCCUAGUUAUGUGCUGUCCCUCAAGCUAAAAGCUCUCAAGAGGGACUUGAAAAGGUGGAAUGAAAUGAUUUUUGGAAAUGUGGAACAUCGAAAAAAGUCGAAGAGAAAAAAGUCCCUCUUCGACAAAUUACAAGUUUUGGAGGAUGUGGAGGAGAGGGAGUCUCACAGAAGAAAAGAAUACUCGCAAACAGCAUGUGACAUCGGAUAUUGAAAGUAUGACUUUAAUGAAAGAGACUUUAUGGCGACAAAAAUCAAGGACUUUAUGGCUAAAAGAAAGGGAUAAAUGUGUUACAGAGAUACUUUUAUGCUUUCUAUAUCUAGAUAGUAUAUCAGAUAAAUAGAUAACGUGUACAGUAAAUAUACUCUUCGUGUACAGUAAAUAGACUUCACGUGUAAAUAGCAGCUAACGUGUAUAGUAAAACCAGCAGCAAUUAAGCGCUGGUUUCAAUGCUCGGUUGUAACCCUUUUCUAUAUAAAUGAAGGAAAACAGUAGAAAGAGGUAUUUAGACCAAUCUUGACAUGGUAUCAGAGCCCCUAAUUUGAUAUUCAUCUUUGUGAUCUUAAUCCUUGAAUGUUGGCUUGUUGCGACGGGAGGAAUUUUUUUUCUCGCUGUUUCCGCAAGUUUCUCUUGCUUUUCUUUUUUUUGGUAUUCUCGGUUUGGAGUCGGAGCUGUCUGUGGUGUUUUCACUUGUGGGCUUGAGUAUUUGGUGGCUGUCGGAGUUAUUUUGGGUGUUACGAACACUGUUUUGCCUUGCGGGCUCCUUCUUUUGGUGCCUUCUUGUGGUGGUUGGGCAGCUGUGGGGCAGUAGGCCAUUUCUGUGGCAGACGGCAGUUUCUGUGGUGGUCGACUCCUUCUGUGGAUGGCUGUGUGGUGGUCGGCUACGUCUGUGGUGGUUUGUUGGUGCUUCUUGGCACUUUCUGGGUAGUUUCUGGUGGUCAGCUACGUCUUGUGGCGGUCCGAAAGUUUCUGGGUGUGGCUGUGUUGCAGUCGGGUCUCUCUCUGCUGGUUUCCGUAAUUUUCUGGGCAGGUGUCGAAGUAUUUCUACUUCGUCCGUAAGGUAUUUCUCUCCAACAACUGAUUUUGGGCCCUUGUUUCGUGAAGUGCCUAUUAUUCUUGUGACUUUGGGCCUUUUAUUUUUAGUCUGGGCAUUUUAUUUUGGGCCCCUCCUUGUUACCGUGACUUUGAGUUUGGCUUAUUGUGAUCCUAAUCUUACCACUUAUUUGAUUGACUACUUAAGCAUAUUUCUCUAAGUGCUUUUCAUCAUGUCUAUUGAAAAUACUAUUGUUCGCUUUACUGGAAAGAAUUUUCCUAUGUGGGAAUU